UACAUCACUUCUCCAAAGGUGUUGCUGCUGUUUCAAAGCAAGGCAGGAAGAGACCAUGAAGAGCACGUCUUUCUUGGCUUUUGUGGUGGGGGCAGCAUUGUGUGUGGAGACAGUUCAUUCCAUGAUGUGCUUCACGUGUGAAAACCAGAGGUCAAACUGGGGUUGCCUCCGGCUGUCCUUCUGCCCCUCAAAUGCUCAGAAAUGCCUGACAGUUGCAGCCCCUUUAGGGACUGGUAACGAGCGGCUAAUCACCAAGAUGUGCACUCCGGACUGUCCCACCCUGAGCUCUUACUCCAGCUCUCUUUACUGCUGUGGCCAUUCCUGGUGCAACAUCUGGCCUCCAAAAUAAAAGUCUCACCAAAAAUA